AUGGAGAAACACUCCAUGCGUCACCUGCUGUGGGCUGCACUGUUCCUGUUGUACUGCAGCUGCGGGUGUUUAGCUGCUGUUGUGCAGCAGUUACCACAGAAAGGAGAGAGUGCUCUACAGGCGUACACCGUCUCUGAUACUCCCAAAAAUGAUGAUAAGAACGGUCCGGAAUGGCAACCCAUCCGCAUUGCUGUGUAUACAAAAACUGUGGAGGAUAUCAUGAAUAAUUGCGAAAAAACGCUCAAAGAGUACAAUAAGCUCAAAGAAGAACUUCAAAAAGAACUUGAAGGAGAACUUGAAGGAGAGUUUGAGGAAAAAGUUGAUGAUCCUGAAGCCUUUCUAGAAGUGUUUGAAGACGAGAUUGAACAACUUAAACGGCUAUGCAGGGGUAAUGAUAGGAUGACAGAGGAUAAGAAAAAAGUUCUUUUUACGGAGGUCUUGCCCAAAGCCAUCAAAUUGCACACAGAUCGCCUUAAAGUGAAUCACGAGGAAAGGAAAACAAUUUCAAGCGUUGGUGAGCAAGAAAAUUUUAACAUUGGCUGCCAUUUCUUUAAGAAUCCCUUGAAACUAAAGGUGCACCAGAGUGAAGAUUUUGAUUUUAUGAUUUACGUGGGUCUUUCAACCUCUGGUAAAACUGUUGAGAUUUGCACUCAGGAGAACGAGAAUGGAAGACCAACGUCAGCCGCCAUUAGAUUCAUCCCAGAUGAGAUAAAAGCCACAAGACAGUUUAUUCGCUUUACUGCACAUGAGAUUGCGCAUGGUCUUGGAUUUCAACUUGACCUCAUGAAAACACUGGGAAUGAUAAAGACCCGCGACAAUGAUCUUUUCUAUAACCCGGUAGUUGUUGAAAAAAAGUACUAUAUGGUGAAUUCCUCUAAAACUGUUGAAAUGAUGGAGAAACAUUACAACUGCAAAGGUACAUUAAAGGGGUUGUAUUUGGAAAACGAAGAUACCUUGACACCUUCCCACUGGGAGAGGCGUAUUGCGAAGGAUGAGUUGAUGAGUACGUACAGUAUUAGCAUGGGCGUUACUGGUAUGUACUACACUAAUCUGACACUUGCAGCAUUUCAUUCCAUGCCCUUCUACAGCGCAAAUUUUACCAUGGCAGAACCGAUGAGUUGGGGGAAAGGAUCUGAAUGUGACUUACUUGAGGGUAAAAAGGAUCCAGCAAAGACUAAAUAUUCCACUUUGUUUUGCAAGGAUGAUGAUGCGAAGACACUGCGGUGUACCUCAGACCGUUUUGCCCUUGGUAUGUGCUUAACGAAGAAUAACCUUAAGGAUUUACCCAAUGGAUACGAAUAUUUUAAGGACGAAGACGGAGGGUUGGAAACGAAUGACUUGAUGGAUAGUUAUCCAAUCAUUAAACCCUUAAUUGGUACUACCUGUGAGGGUGGUAAAGAGACUCUGAUACCUGGCAGCGUUCUGGGAACAGAAUCACGGUGUCUGGAUGUGAAAAAUCCGCUGGACAAGAAUGGAGUUAAAAUUCAAGGCAUUUGUGCAAAAGUGAAGUGUAAUAAUGAAACGAAGAAGGUGAGUGUACUAAAAGGGUACAAAGAAAAUAAGGAGGAGUGGCAUGAGUGCGCAAAUGAUGGCGAUGAAUUUCAUCUGGUUGAUUCAGAGUUCAAUGAGGGAAGUGUUAACUGUCCCAAAUACGAAGAAGUGUGCAUUGGGUUGCUUGAAACUGAAGUUCCUACCAACAUUAAGUUUCACAAUGGUACAAAAGUUACUGAUGUGUACGACGGUGAUGUGAGUGGUGGGAAUGAAGAAAAAGAAGAAGUGGUCGAAAAUCAGGAUCGCACAGACGAGGAAAAGCCACCCGCAUCUCUCCCAACUGCUCCUAAUGGUGAUCUCGUGGAAAACGAAAAGGUGCCCACUGAAAAUGGCAACAAUGAAACAGUGACGGAGAAGGAACCAGAGGAUACAGUGAGUAAACCACAAGUGCCACCCACUACGAGUGAAGAGAAGGAUAACGAAAAGGUGCCCACUGAAAAUGGCAGCGAUGGAGCAGAGACGGAGAAGGAACCAGUGGGUACAACAAAUACUUCAGAAGUGCCGCCCAAUAGGGAGGAAGAGGAGGAGAAGGAAAAUGAGAAUAACGAGACUGUUGUGGCACCCGGUGGCGAUGGAGCGACAACAGAAGAGGAGAGUGAGAAACAUCCCACCGACAAACCAACCGGUCCCAGUGAUGAAUCUAAUGAAAACGUCAGCAACAGUUCAAGUGGAGUUCCACCAAACACUGAAGAUUUACCGCAAGGCGAGAGUCCACAGGAGACUGAAACUCCAUCGAAUGAGGUAGAGUCAUCAAAGCCAGAAUCCCCUGAUAACAACGGCACAACUAAUAAUGGAAAUGGACAAAAUGAUCAUAACACGGGGAAGGACGCUGACAACAGCAUCACUCUCUCGUUCUUUGAACCUCUUAUGCUUCUUGUGUGUGUUGUUGCUGCGGUGGUGGCCCUGUGA